CUUCUCUCUCUCUCUUUCUCUCUCUGCCUCUCUUCGCUUCCGAGCGUCGCACGGCGCCGCUCGGCUGUUCGGCUCGCCGCCCGAGCGGACCCGAAGCUGCUACUGCUGCUGUGGCUGCUGCUGAGAUGCGGCGGGGAAGAAUCUCUGUCCAAAACCCAGUCAGAUUCCGUCCCUUUUGCUAACACAGAAGAAACAGAUAAUCGAGUGACGCUCCUGCCGAAGCCGCGUCUCUAUGAAGGAGGGAUCUGCUGAGGGAUCUGUUGAAGAUGAGGCGACUGAAUCGGAAGAAGACUUUGAAUUUAGUGAAAGAAUUGGACGCCUUCCCGAAGAUUCCAGAUAGCUACAUCGAGACCUCAACAAGUGGAGGAACAGUUUCUCUAAUCGCUUUUACAACCAUGGCUCUCUUAACCAUAAUGGAGUUUACGGUCUAUCGAGACACCUGGAUGAAAUACGAGUAUGAAGUCGACAAGGAUUACACUAGUAAAUUAAGAAUAAAUGUAGACAUCACGGUUGCAAUGAAGUGUCAACACAUUGGUGCUGAUGUCCUGGAUUUGGCAGAAACGAUGGUUGCUACUGCAGAUGGAUUAGUCUAUGAGCCAGUAAUAUUUGAACUCAGUCCGUUGCAAAGAGAAUGGCAAAGGAUACUACAAAAUAUUCAGUCUCGGCUGCAGGAAGAACACUCUCUUCAGGACAUAAUAUUCAAAAGUGCUUUUAAAAGUGCUUCAACAGCACUGCCACCAAGGGAAGACAAACCCGUACAGUCGGCCGAUGCCUGCAGAAUUCAUGGACAUCUCUACGUGAAUAAAGUAGCAGGCAACUUUCACGUUACAGUGGGCAAGGCAAUUCCCCACCCAAGGGGCCACGCACAUUUGGCAGCCCUGGUGAGCCAUGAAUCAUACAAUUUCUCCCAUAGGAUAGACCACUUGUCUUUUGGAGAGCUUAUACCAGGCAUUAUUAAUCCUUUAGAUGGCACGGAAAAGAUCGCAUCAGAUCAUAAUCAGAUGUUCCAGUACUUUGUUACAGUGGUGCCAACAAAACUUCAAACGCACAAAAUUUCAGCAGAAACACAUCAGUUUGCAGUAACGGAAAGGGAGCGCAUCAUCAACCACGCCGCCGGAAGUCAUGGAGUUUCUGGAAUUUUCAUGAAAUACGACAUCAGUUCCCUCAUGGUGACGGUGACCGAGGAACACAUGCCUUUCUGGCAGUUUUUAGUGAGACUCUGUGGUAUAGUGGGAGGAAUUUUUUCUACCACAGGCAUUUUACACAGCAUUGGAAGAUUCAUAGUGGAAAUCCUCUGUUGCCGUUUCAGACUGAAGUCUUCUAAAUCUACACCUGCGACGAACAUAUCCAACACACCUUCCUCCUCCUAUUUGCCCCACAACAACAACCCUGUGAGGUUCAACUUCCAGAUAGUCAACGAAAUGGCCACGAACCUCUUGUGACCGAGGAUGCUACGGAAUAGCCCCUCCUUCGGAAACUGUUAUCUUUCCGUCUCACGGGGAAGGCGUUUUUGUAGCGAAACAUUUGUGCAAUAUGUUAAAAGACAGUCCCGAACGGAGGAAGUAAACGAGCCUUUUGCAGCAGCAACAACAAAGGGGGAAAAAAACAUUAACUUUUCUGUGUGACUUAUUUGUCCUUUCAAGGAUUCAAAAAAAGAGGCCGAGAGGAUUAAGUCCUACUUCCUGGACGGUGGUUGAGAGGAGAGUGUAAUUCAGAAACCGCAAUUAAUCUGUGAAACGAUCCACUCAGCAUUCUAGAGCGUUCCAGAGUCUCAUAACCGAUAACGUUCAAAGGAAUGAAAUUGGAAAGAGAUGUAAUUUCCACAGGCACCCAGAGCAGGAAAAUUUGCAGCCGAAACUCAGAAGCUACAUAGUUUUGUUUUUAAAACAGGAAGGAUGCAAGUUGUGAUUUUUGUUUUUAAUUUUUAAUUUUAAAAAAAUCCCCUCUCUUUUAAUGUGUAACUGCUGCCCUAAGAAUCCCGGGAAAUAGAGAAUAAUCGAACAAGAAAGUAAGUUAAAAUCUUGUCCUGGGACCCAUGCAGCAUGUAUACAGAUUUUACGAAUUGGCUAUUUAAACAAAUGUGGAAAACCUU